AUUGCAAGUUUCCAAGUUGUACAACAGUUGUUAUAGUUGUGGGAAUGUUAACCAUGGGUAGUGCAUUAUAACACAUUCUUCAUGAUUUUCAAGCAUUAAAAUGUCCUUUGCCACCAUUGUUGUGGUGGGUACUUUUUCUUUACUCUUCUUCCAAUAUUUCAUCAAAGGAUUCAUCUUUACAAACAAGAAGGGAUCAUAUGCCAAACUCCCUCCAGUCCCAGUGGUACCUGGGUUGCCGGUGGUAGGGAAUUUGUUGCAGAUGAAGGAGAAGAAGCCCUACAAGACAUUUACAAAUUGGGCUGAAACAUACGGACCAAUCUAUUCUAUCAGGACUGGUGCUUCCACUGUGGUUGUCCUCAAUACCGCAGAUGUGGCUCUAGAGGCUAUGGUGACUAGACAUUCGUCUAUUUCAUCGAAAAAGCUAACGACGCCAAUAAAGAGCCUUUCUUUCGAUGACUCUGUGAUUGCAUCAUCGAACUACAACGACUUCCACAAGAUGGGAAGACGUCACAUGGCCCAAAGUAUUCUUGGACCCAAUGCUCAGAAGCGGCACCAGAACCACAGAUAUACCUUGAGAGAAAAUGUGUCAAGCCAAUUGCAUGCUCAUGUAAAAAAGUCUCCUAAUGAAGCUGUGAAUUUCAAGAAAGUGUUCGAGCCCGAACUCUUCGGACUUUCGUUGAAGCAGGCCUUGGGAAAGAACGUAGAAGGAUCAAUUUAUGUGGAGGAGCUUGGAACUACUUUGUCAAGAAAUGAGAUUUUUGAGAUUCUUGUAGCUGAUGUGCUCAAGGGUGCCACUGAAACUGAUUGGAGAGACUUCUUUCCUUAUCUGAGAUGGAUUCCCAACAAGAACUUGGAAAUGAAAAUCCAGAAUAUCUGUUUCCGCAGGAAGGCAGUAAUGAGUGUCCUGAUUGAGGAGCAAAUGAAACGAAUUGCUUCCGGACAGGAGGUAAAUUGUUUUCUGGACUACUUGCUUUGUGAAGGAAAAACGCUUACAACGGAGCAAAUAACUGUUUCUGUUUGGGAGUCGAUUCUUGAGGCAGCGGAUACUACAGUGGUAACAAUGGAAUGGGCUAUGUAUGAACUUGCUAAGCAUCCAAAACGACAGGAACGUCUGCACGAAGAAAUCCAAAAUGCUUGUGGAUGCGACAAGGUUAGUGAGGAACACUUGUCCCAGCUGCCAUACCUGAAUGCUGUUUUCCACGAAACUUUGAGGAAGCACAGUCCAGUUCCAGUAGCUCUUACAAAAUAUGUUGAUGAAGAUACCCAAUUAGGAGGUUACUAUAUCCCUGCUGGAACACAGAUUGCUGUAAACUUGUACGGGUGUAACAUGGACAAAAACAAAUGGGAUAUACCAGAAGAAUGGAAGCCAGAGAGAUUUCUGGAGAAGGAAAAAUGGGAUCCAAUGGAAUUGCAGAAGACAAUGGCAUUUGGAGGUGGAAAGAGGGCGUGUGCUGGUUCUCUUCAGGCAAUGCUAAUAGUAUGCACAACUAUCGGAAGGUUGGUGCAGGAGUUUGAGUGGAGACUAAGAGAAGGAGACGAAGAAGAAGAUACCGCUAUCUUCACCAAUCACAAACUCCAUGCCAUGCAUGCAGUCAUCAAACCCAGAAAUUAGUGUGAAAAUAAUAAUUAACGCCUCUCUCAAACAUGCAUUAUCGUUUAAGCGAUCUGUGUACUGAUCAUAUAAUCAUAAUCUAUUAAGAAAAUAAUUGUUGCCAUAAACAAUUUUUUCUUGAAAAUUGCUCAAGCAACUUGAAACUCGAAAAUCUCAAAUGAUAUGUGCUUUGCUUC